GUAUAUACGUGUCCACCCCUAGUAUCGCUACCAUUAAAACUAAAAACCUGUACGAUUCGGUUGCCGACACAACUUUGGCGCAGUGAUGGCGUACACCAACAGCGGAGACGUUCUAAUGCUUGAGGCGCCGCCCGGGGCUCAGCCGGCUUGGUCCAGCGGCUCAGAACUAAUCGACGCUUUGCCGUAUAUCGACGACGACUAUGGCGAUCCGAAUGUAAAAGCAGAGGUAGACCGUUUAGUCGAGGAAGAGAUGCGCCGCAGCACCAAAAAGCCCUCCGACUUUCUCAAGGACCUCCCUCCUCUUCCCAAGUUCAAAUUUGAGAACCAUCCAAUGCUAGCAAGAGAAUAUGAACGUGUUAGAGCUGGGAAGCCUCCUGUGCAAAUUGACACGUCAAGAUAUGGACUUGAAGUGCCGCAGGGAAAUAAACGGAAUGAUGAAUCAACCUGGAAACAAGCUCUUCAGAAAGCUCAGCGCUUAUUGCAGCAUCAAGUGAUUAGGCUAGAAAAUCUAGACCUGAUGUUAAUUCACGGCCCUGAUGCAUGGAAGGUAUACAACCAAAGACUGGAGGCUUUUUUAGCCAGAAUGCAGUCAGAGGCUAUUAAAUUAAAUGAGAAUAUUGAAAGUGUAAAUCGGGAAAGGAAGUAUCACCAGCAAAAUACUGCAUACGAGCUGAAUGCCUUGUCCACACAAUGGAAUGAACUCUGUUUGAAAAACAGAGAAAUUCAAGUUGCAUGUUUUCAUGUUGAAAAUCAGAUUGAAGAGAUGAAGAAGAUUGCUCUCGAGAGGGGUUGGGACGUGGAAGGUAGAACGGAGAACGGUUCAUUGGUGUCUGCAGAGAUCUAAGCUGUGAUUGUUGGCCUAGUUCGUCAAGAUCUUCAGGACAGCUGGAAUUUAUGUCUAGAAGAGAGCAGAACAGAUCAACAGCUGACUUUCAAAUUGGUCGAUGUAUCAAGAAUUUCUUUGAUGUCACUCUUGAUUUGAUUCCUAAGGUUGAUGAUAUCUGAAAACAUUUAGCCAUCGACAUGGGGUUCACGACUUCUAAACCACUUCCUUUUCCCCUCUCAUGAGUUAUAAUGUACAAGUACAUCACCGGAAUCGAGUUUCAUAAUGGAUUUUGGUAAACUGCCUGUUUGGAUAACGAUCGGUAAGGUCCAUAAUGGAUUUGGUAAGUGAUAAGUUGAUAACAAUCUGUAAGGUUCGGCAAUAGGCGGGAACAUGGAUGGAAUUGAGUUGCAGUUCUAACUUCUAAUCUUUUGGUACUUGGUUAUAUUUAUUUCAAAAUAUUCCAAUGAAUUAGCAAAUGGAGGCUCCAUACUUCCAAGUCUGUUAAAUCAAAAUUUUAAAGGAUUGUUUUCUUGUGCAGACGUUAUGUCAAGUACAAACGCACCCUUUUAUUUCUGUUUCUAAAAGCACAAUAUUUCUUUAUUGAAAGAGAU